AUGAAGUUAAUCUUGACGACUCUUUCCAUCAUGGGAGUGGCGAUGGUGUACGCUUUGCCGGCACAUCAUCACGGUGGAAGAGACAGUGGAUCGCUCAACAACUUUACCAGCGGUAAUACAGCGAACAAUUCCUCUGGUAUACCCAGGUUCGGGUUCAAUCUACCAUCCAACAUUCCAGGUUUUGGAGACGGUCAACAAUCCGGACAGCCAUCGUCCGGAAAUGGACAGGGUCGGGGUGGUUUUCCGGGCUUUGGUCAACAGUCCGGACAACCAUUCUUCGGAAAUGGACAGGGACAACUCGGAUUUCCAAGCUUCGGAAACGGUCAACAAUCCGGAUUGCCAUCGUUUGGAAAUGGUUUUCCGAGCUUCGGUAACGGUGGACAGAAUGGAGGUUUUCCUUUGAUCCCUAACAACGAGCAAGGAAUUGGAGGAUUGCCAAAUUUCGGAAACAACCAACAGGGCGGAAACUUUCCGUUUUUCACAUAA